AUGGCUCGAGGUGACUCCAAAAACAACUGUUUCUCUGCAGAGAGGGAUGAGUAUGGAGCUGACACCAUGUCUGAGAUCCACAUCAUCGGACGCGUCACCCUCAACUUGUGGAGGGUGAUGAAGACCGAGGUGACGCUGAACAACUACAGCUUUGAGAACGUGGCCUUCCAUGUGCUGCAUCAGCGCUUUCCUCUCUACAGCCCCCGCACGCUGUCCGACUGGUUUGACCACAGCACACAUUUAUACAGGUGGAAGAUGGUGGAUCAUUACGUCAGCCAUCUGCACGGCACCAUGCAGCUCCUGCAGCAGCUUGACAUCAUCGGCAGAACCAGCGAACUUGCCAGAGUCUUUGGAAUACAGUUCCUUCAUGUUUUGACUCGAGGAUCACAG